AUGAGUAGCUUCUGGAACGCUAUAAGAUUUGCACAUUUCAAACCGUUGAAAAAUUACCCCAAGAUCAAUGUUAACGAUGUCACAUUGGACAGACCUGCCCUCCAGAAAGGUCCAAUUAGAAGGAAAUUGAUCUCACAAGAGGUUACAGACUCGUUAUUCCCAGCCACAGAAAUCACCAGAUUAUAUAAAGAAGCAGGUAAGCCAAUACCUAGAAAGUUCAACACCAAGAGUGAACUUAUCUCAAGAAGAAAUUUCGAAUUCCAACAGGAAGCUUUCAGAACUGGAGAUGCCCACUUCAGACUUGGAGAGAAGAACGUUUACUUCCCCAAAGCUAGAAUUGUCUUGUUGAGACCAAACGCUAAGCAUACACCAUACCAGGCCAAAUUUUUGGUUCCAAGAAACUUUAAUAGAUUGGACUUGAGAGAUUAUCUCUUCCACGUCUACGGCUUAAGAGCUUUGAAUGUAACUGUACAAUUGUUGCACACCAAGUGGACUCGUAAUCGUCACGAUUACGCCCGUUUCAGAGGCCCACAGUUCAAGAAAAUGACUAUCGACAUGGAAGAACCAUUUAUUUGGCCAGAGGUACCAAAGGAACUUGCUGAAGAAGCACAGACUGUUAGAGAUAACCAGAUUAAGGUCAUAGAACACAAUUUUAAGAAGGGUUCUGAUAAGAAGAAUAAGCCCAAGGCCUUUGAUGGCUUGUACGUGAGACCUAAAUUGGCCGAUAACUUCGUUCCACGCUCUACAAGAGACAAGGGUGCAAAGGAAUUGGAGAAUUUCAAUAGAAAAUCCGAAGAGGUUGAGAAUAAAAAGGUACUUUCACAGUUCUUGAACCUCUAA